ACCGUCACAAAGCCACAAACUUACAUGUUUGGUUUCAGCAACUUUACCGAGUCACAUUCAAAAGAACGUAGCCACAAAUUUCCUGCAAGGCUCUAGAACAUAGGCAACUAAACUGCAAUAGCCCUAUUUAUUUUUAUGAGCUAUCCAAGAGUCACUAAUUCGCAGAUUGAAAUAGCCAACCAGAAACAAACAGAACGUCGUUCAUUUAAUCAUUUUGGUCUUCGACCUUUAGAGAGAUCAGAUGUCGGGUCAGUUGUUUCAAGUGGCCGCGACGUUGAAGCCGGCAAUCCCUUUUCACGGCGGCCGGAGAGAUUUCUCCGUCGUGUCCCGGAAUCUGUAUACUCCAUCUCUAUCGAAGUUGCAACUACCAAAUAUCCCAUCCUCCCAAACACAACCCCUGCUUUCUUCUUGUUCUUCCUCUGUAACUUCUCCGUCCGUACAACUCCUCAGAGCACUGCACAUUCGACCCACACCCGAAUUGGGCCUUGCCUCUCUCCUCUUCGUCCUCUUCACGGCUUUUGCUGCACUUUUCUCCCUUGCUAUAUUUUCCAUUCCAACUAUCAAUGCUUUGAGAAAAUUAGCAACUUCAGUGGACAAGCUAUCCCAUGUGGUCUCCCAGGAGGUACCUGGAACUCUGCUUUCUCUGAAACUCUCUGGCAUUGAGGUCAAUGAUUUAACCAAACAGCUUACCAGUAUCAGGAAAAUGAUUUCUGCAACUGGCUGGGGGAAGAAUUCGAAGUGACAGUUCGCUGUUGAUUUGACUCGUAUACAUGUAGGUGUAAAGUUAGUGACUUCACUCCAAGAUGGUGCAAGUGUCCUCUGUAUGAAUAUUUGUAAGUUAUUUCUUUAGUGCCAGGGACUCAAGUUUGAUUUCAACAACAAUGCAACUAGUAUGAAUUAUAAAAAAGUUAGAACUUCAGUUGUGGGGAUCAUGAUUGGAGUGAUAAUGGUUUAUCACUUUAGUGCGGGGGAUACUGAUUUAUAAACCAGUUAGAACUAGUGUAAUUUAUACAGAAUAAAUUGUAUCAAAUGAUUGGGAUAAUCAUGGAAGAUUUUUGUUCAA